AUGCGAUUUUGUGGAAGCGCCGAAGAAAUCACCGGCGACGACGAGAAGAGGCGGAAUCGAGCCGGAGGGAGGCGAAAGAAAGAAAAAGAAAAAGGAAGAGGCGGGCGGGAGCCGAAGAAGAAGGAAGAGAGAAGACGGAAGAAGCAGGAAGAAAAAGAGAAGUCUGCAUUACAUGGCCCGAGGGGGGAAGUUCCUCGUCCCUUGGCUCCGGCCGACAGGUGCAACAUGGACGAGCAACCCGUCUCCAGGACCUACCAGUACCGGAAGGCCGACGUCCUCGAGAUGACUCUGAACCACCUGAAACGGGUGAGAUCGUUGGAACCGUCGUGGCCCGCGUCCUCGAUGGAAGACCUGGAACGGUUCCGUGCCGGAUUCACCCAGUGCGCGACGGAAGUGUCCGGAUUCCUCCGAGGCGGAAAGGUGAAGACGGAGAUCUCCUGUCGGCUCCUGGGUCACCUCAGUCAGUGCAUGAGGACGAUGGAGGCCGACAACUUCCAGAACCUCUUCCCUCCGCCCCCUCUCUGCCCCUCCGCCUGGAACUACCGCGGGCCGCCCCCUCCGCCCGGUCCGCCC